AUGCAGCAUAAUGAAAUAAGAAAAGUGGAAGCCACAGAUCAGUUGAGGUUCAUGGUCAUGCUAAUGACUUGGCUGACCGUGCCGCUUCUUAGGGUUUUGAUGGAACAUUUUCCGUGCUCUCUGAGCUCUUCUCCAGCCUAUCUACCUGGUCCCUUAUCGUCUGUUGGAUCAGCAGCAGAACCAUUGUCAUCUUCUGGUUCAUCAAUGGAUUUGAUACUUCACGAAAGGAUUGAUGAUAAUUCUUUUAUUUUGAAAAUACACCACUACUUCGUGUGUUUUUCUUUUAUCUUUUCGAUUAUAAAUUCUAACAAAAACUACCAAUAUACCAUGGUGAUGGCUAACAAGAUCUUGGAAGAUAACGCGAGGGACGACCACGCGGAGCUUCUCCAUUUCAAGAGAAUGGCUCUAGUUUCAUCCUUGGCACGUACAUCCACCCUUCAAUGGGCUUGCCUAUUCUGUCUUAAGAAGGCAGAAAAAGAGAAAGCAAUAGACGAAGUAAUCUCCGGUUUCACUACAAUGGAUCAAGAAGUUAUUGUCACCGAUCGACUUCAAGACUAUCCUGUAUCUAUCAUCUCAGAUUGGCUAAAUCUUUGA